AAAGCUCUCUGUUUCUCAGAAAUGCGACACACGUGUGUUUUGUCUGUCCUGAGCAACACUUGAAAGACUGAAAGCCUUUCACAGCAGGCACGAGAUGGGCUGCUGCUGUUUCUACUUCUGCUGUGAUUCUGGUGUUGUGACACUUGCUGUUUUUAAGAUGGAUGAUUUAAAUUUCAACACUUAAUUUCUCAUCUAUUAACAAUGUUAAACUCCCAAAACAACUUUUCUGACUUGAUGAACUGUUCAGUCUGCGGAGUUUAAUAUCUUGUCCUUGUCUGUUGGGCAACGUUUUUGCUGUUGACAUGCACACUGAACACUAGAUGGCACCAUCUCAACUUUAAUGCUUGUAGAUCUGAGUGAAAGUAAGACUCAUUUUAAACUGACAUGAAGAAAUCCGUAUAAUGUAACAGUGAGUUUUGUGCUUCGUGCACAACCAGCUGUCUGUAUGAACAAUCUCCAUGUGAAUGAAAAAUAAACUGCCGCUCAUACAUGUCUUUGGUGUUUUGUGUGCAGCUCCUGGUAAACACGGGUUUAAAUGUAUAGUGAAACGCACGAGUGAUGCGCCCCAGUUAAAUCCCGUACGGUUAAUCUAAAGCGGCUCGUGCAGCACAUUAAGCCCCUCAUAUUUCCACUCGAGCGCCCACACAGGGCCACUGUGUCAGCGCAUCACUGAGAGGAGCUCUUUGUAAGCGCAGCUAGCUUCACGCCGUGGCGCGCGCUUUUUAAGGAGCGCGCACAUGGAAUCAGUGGGGGGCGUUCAUCCAUCUGUGCGGAGAGAUGACGCUCGCUGCUGCAAAUGAACAGGGAGUCAUAAGUUCUCGGCAUCCGUGUAGCUCCAAGAAGCCCGAGAGAGCAGCUUUGCAGGGUGCACGGACUCUGAGAGGAGGAGAAGAGGAAAGCGGAAGGAUGCUGAUCCGAGCCGAGCCGGGAGCUGCAGCUUCACCUCAUCAGCGCAAACGCUGGCUCCUUCUGUAACUUUUAGCGCGCUGAACUUUACCGCUGCUUCUUCUACUCUGUCCGCUUUGGUUGAGUGCUGCUGCCCGUCAGCCAUGGCUUCCUCACCGGUCCACAGUGCGCUCUUUCUGUGCGCCUUCCUCCAGCUGUUCUCCCUUCCCGGCGGACACGUGCCAAACUGCCAGGAGGUGCGCACAGUAUUUCAGUCUCUGCACCCGGGCUCCAAGUGGGUCCCCGAAACCCCAGUGUCAGGUGCAGAUCUGCAGGUUUGCCAAACCAAAGGCCCGACCUGCUGUUCCAAGAAGAUGGAGGAGCGGUAUCAGGUAGCGGCGCGCAGCAAUAUGGAGUCUGGUCUGCAGGUUGUCAGCGCACAACUCAAACGUCUCAUCAUCCAGAACGCCGCGAUAUUCCAAGAGGCCUUUGACCUGGUGCUGCGCCACGGACGUAACUCCACCCUGACGAUGCUGAAGUCAGAGUUCCCGACUCUUGCGAGCGGUGCCCAGAGCUCUGUGGGGCAGCUGUUCCUGGACAUGUCGCUUUACAUCCUUGGCUCGGACUCCACAGUUGACCACAUGGUGGCGGUGCUCUACGGCCGCCUCUUUCCGCUCACGUACCGCCGCCUGCUGGGAGGCAGUGGCACCUCAGUGUCCGAGGAGUGUGUAAGAGGAGCUUGGAAGGACUCGGGAGCAUUUGGUCCUUAUCCUAAACUGAUGAUGACUCGACUCUCUCGCUCCCUCCUGGCCACACGAGUCUUCCUGCAGGCGCUGAACCUGGGCAUCGAGGUCGUCAACACCACAGACCAUCUGCGGCCCGGCCGAGAGUGCAGCCGGUCCCUGCUGAGGCUGUGGUACUGCCCGCACUGCCAGGGCAUGCUUGGGCCGCCGGCCUGCAGAGGCUUCUGUCAAGCAGUGAUGCACAACUGCCUGGGGGGAGCUGCAGAAGUGCAGCCUCAUUGGAGGAGCUAUAUAGAUGGACUGGGGAAGUUGGCUGGUGCCAUGAGGGGAGAGCAGGAUAUGGAGGCUGUUGUUCUUAGACUGCCCACAAUGAUUAAACUGGCUCUCAAACACGCCGUGAAUACCCGCAGCCACCUGAACACCCUGGUGAGCGGGAUGUGCGGACAAACUCCUCAGCGGGCCUCUCGCUCUGUCGGAUCCCCUCCGUCCCAGCCUCCGGCCGCCGCAGCCCGUGGGGCUCAGCCGUCAUCCUCGGACCCCGACGAGACGUUGGCAGACCUCCGCAGGGACUUCAUAACCAGCCUGAGAGGCUUCAGCUCCUUUUAUAGUGGUCUCGGGGAGGCCUUAUGCAGCCGCGAGCCUGCUCCAGUGAACCACUCCCUCUGCUGGAACGGGCAGGAGAUGACAGACAGAUAUCCUGGGCCCGGCCUAAAACGACUGCACCCCAGCUCCGAGUCCAGGAGCAACAAGCCGCCUGAGCCGGUCAUCAGCCAGAUCAUAGACAAACUCAAACACAUCAACCAGUUGCUGCAGAUUGUGACGGUGUCUGAGAAGCGCUGGAGAGCCCGGUCUCGUGGAGCAGGAGCGAACGGGUGGAGCGAAGAGGGGGAGGAGGAAUUUGAGAGUGGCGACUGCGACGACGAGGACGAGUGCGCGGGGGUGUCUGGGCUGGGCCCGCCGCCACGACGCAAGCGAUUACGCAUCUUUGCAGCGAGUCAGAGCGAUCGCAGUCCAAAGCAGAGAGGUGGUUUACGUGACUGCUGUGCAUGUUGACACCAACGUGACACUAUGUGGCAGGAGACAUGAGACUUCCGCAGGUAGCUGCCUCACCUCCACCUCGUGACCUGCCGUCAAUCUUGUGAAAAACGUCAGAUGCACGCUGUGAAAGACAAACAGAGAACAAAAAAAAGGCCACAAACAGUUGGAAGAAAAAAAACCAAACAGAAGAAGAGGGAGAAAACACCCAGGGAGCAGAAACAAGAGGGUUCGAUACACUGAUACAAAGCCAGCGCAGCUGAGCAAACACAGCAGUGGGAGUAGUCCUCCUGUCUGGGAUGUUGUGGCAGAGAUUUGGGUUUGCCGGGCAGGGAGCGAGAGCAGGAACCCAGGGUUCACACAGGAAUCCUGCAGGGCCAUCGCUUCCAGCGUGAGAGCCUGAUGCCCUCUCUUAAACACUCCUGUCAGCCUCUCUGUGCAGCUCUGCUUCACUGCAGUAUAUUUCUAGACUAGGUAUGUGUGCAUCAGUGUGUGUUUGCAAUCACCUGAAAGCCUGUUUGCACCGGCCUCUAUGCAAGUCAGUAAUGUUUGUAGACCUUGAGAAGUCGGUGCUUAUUGGCAGAUGCGCAGAUAGCUGCUGAUAGCCUGUGAUGACCUAGCAAAAUGCUGACCCCACACGGCCUCUCAGUCCAUUCUGGUCAAACGGGGGACUGGAGUUCAAAGGUUAACCUGCAGAGCAGAGGGGCCUAAUGGCCUGCUUGUCUGUGCUCUGCUGGUCUGAGAUGGACGAGGCAGAUCGGAUUUCACAAAGCCUGGUAAGCGAUCAGUGGUGUGACACACACGCAUACCCACACAGGCCGUGGGGAAAGGUGACCGAAGCCACAACAACAAGGUGCAGACAGGCAGGGCUAAGCCACCAACGUAGUCAGCUGUCAGCCUGGUGACCAGAGCGAGGCUGUUACCAAACGGUAACGACGGAUCUCUCCUCACCGACUCUCUGCGCAGAUUCCAUAACCUUCUGACAACACAUACGCAGACCGACACGCUUCUCCUCCCGAGCCAAUCAAACCUUCGCGCUACACAUUCCCCAGAACAUUCCAGUCCCGGAGCUAUUCCAGGACAGGGACACCACACCACCACCUGCCCCACCUCCAUACCUCCUGAACCAAACUGGUUGCAAAUUACACACCAAAGAAUCUCUAUGCCAUGACCUGAGGUGGUGUUAAAAAAAGAAAACAGCAUUCAAUUUGCGAAUCAUUUAAUGAUGCAAAUGUUGCAUUAGCGGGGUUGUGGAUACAUUUUUAUGAUCACUGGAUUUACAGGGAGAUUUAUUGAAAUGUGGUUGGUAAAUAGACUCAUUCUUAUAGCGCUUUUCUACUCUCCUGGAGUACUCAAAGCGCUGUAUACAACACAUUCACCCAUGACACAAGCACUGUUAUCUAUACUUUCAGUGCUUUCUAACUGUCAUUCAUACGCAUUCAUACUCCGAUGGGUGCAUCGGAGUUCAACUCAGAGUUAGUAUCUUUGGCAUGCAAACUGGGGGAGCCAGGGAUCGAACCACCAACCUCCCAAUCUGAGCAACAGCAACCAGGUUCUGGGCCUUAAGUAGUCUGUAUCGUGACAGAGCCUCCACCGUGCUUUACCACAAAGUAAGAUAUUAAGUUCUGCCAUGACUACCUAAAGUUUUACUACAAGGACUGGAUCCAUCUCUCACAUCCUGUGUCAUAUGUGUGUUCAGAUACUUUUUAUAGGCUGCAGACAGUUUUUAGGCCUGAUACUACUUCUUUUAUCCUCCACUUGUCCCGUUUCCUCAAACUUUUGAAGGACAAACUGCACAACACCAUGAAGUUUUCAGCUAAUAGCUCUUUAGAAAUAUAGUUUUAUACCUCUCAUGAUAACUGUAUUAUUUUUUGGAGAUUGAAAUAAAGAAAUGCAAACACACUAUAGUGCAUGAAAUAAUCAUUUGAUCUCCUGAUGAAUUUGGGCUGUUGAGUUGUUCACUCAAUGACAUGAAAAUCAAUUUAUAACUUUUAGUUAAUGUGCUCUUUUCAAAUUCAUUAUUUAAAUUAUUUCCCCCCACUGUGUGUAUCUUUGUAACAAGUGCCUCAAGAUACAGUUAAAAAUCAGUUCUUUGCUAGAUUUUCUGUUAUGUGUAGACAUUAAGCUGGUUCAUCUCUUGAGUUAAGAUCCUUUUUUAUGCUUGACUGAAUCCCAAGUCAGUGUGAAGUGUCUUAACAACCAAGCAAAACAAAACAAAACAAAAGUCAUUCUUCUGAAAAUGGUCAGGUACAAGUAACGGACUGAAGAAAUGUUGAAAGACGACUUUAAAAUGACUAGAAAGAGGCUCCUUGGAAGGAAAAUUUGAAGGAACGAUGGAAGUCUUUGCACAGUACUGUACCUAUGAAUAGAUGUGUGUUUGUGAACAGAUGGAGUUGUCUCUAGCUUUGUUGUAGUCCAGUAAAAUGUGAUUCUAUAUGGCGUGUCUUUACCUUUAUGAUGAGGGCUCACCUGUGUUUCUGUGCUUUCAUGCACCUGGCCUCUGACUGUAUGGCCUCUAUGAGAAACAAAGGAUGUGCCGCCAUCUCUGCAAAAACCUGCUCACAGAUUCCUCUCAAAGCCUCUCUACAUUGCCUGAGCCACACAUUUUUUUCUCCUGUUUCCACCUGGUGCUAAAAAACGUCACAAAAACAUCUGCUAAUACACACUCAUUUACUGCAUAAAGUCUUAAAAUUUGAAGAAAAAAUUUAAUUGUGAAAAGCUGGCAGUGAGGGAAUCAUCUGUUUCCAGCUCAGUGUGGAAGCCCAGUGAAAUACAGCAGAUAACUCCCAGUAGGAUCAAGGUAAUAUUUCAUGGUCCAGUCAGUACACAGUGGGAAAACGAGUGAUUAAUCCAGAGAAGUGGCCAAGAUAAUCACACAAUUUUAAUUCCCUUUAAUAAAAGGGUUGUUUUUUGGUUUUUUUGUGGCGCUAAGUGGACUACUACUAAACAACCUGCGAAAAUGGCUUUUUGAUGCAGUUUGGAAACAUUCGGUAGUCUGCAAGCAAACAGUGUGCUCUGCUUUGGCUCAGCAGCUCAGAUCUCUGCCUCGUGUGUUUUCUUGCUGAGCUGGACGGGCUUUUGCUCGCUAUGCUCAGCAGGAGCCACGUGAAUAGACCUCUUGUUAUGUUCCUGAGCUCAGACAUUCGCUCACUAUAAGCGCCCCGAAGGAAAGCCGUUCCUUUGGGAGCUCUGGAUCUUUUUUAUCAGCGCCAGAGGUUAGCAAAAUACAAAGUGGAAAUAUUCCUGUAAUGUGAAACACGCAGCUUACGAUGAGAGGCUGGGCUCGGCUCACCUUUCAGGUCUGCUACAAAUUUUGCGGCUGGAACAAAGGAGUGAGUAAAAGAGCGAAGAAGGUGAUGAGAGAAUGUGGGGAACGAACACAAAGAGACAAAAACACCUUUGAUAACUGUAAAGGCUGAUACACUGGGAAACCUAAACAUUCUUUAUUCUGUAUGUGGGUCAAAUUAACAGCCUAACGUGCUGUCAGUGCUCCAGCAUGGUAUGUUAAUUAACUGCAGCUGUGACCUCUGACCCUUCUGCACCUGAUAGGUGAGUCACACGGUGCCUGUCUUCCACAACAGUGUUUGCACAUGUCUUCAUCACAGCGGACACAGUUUACAUUAACAGCACCGGAUGCAUCCACCGUAUAAGCAAUUUCCUUCUUCUUCAAGCUUCCUGUAAUUUCAUAGAGCUGAUCGUCAGCGCUACUGUACUCAUGAAGAGUCAUCAACAUAUGGUUGCCAGCCAGGGAGGCUCGGUGCCACAGGCCAGGAUGAGAAAGAGACGGGCUCAGACGGUGCACAUGUGAGAGGAAGCGUGCAGGUGCCUGCAUGCCCACGUGGCAGGCAGAAAAAACACACUUCACUCCUUGGCCCGUGCAUCGAUCAGCAUUAAGUUCUCUUUUUAAACAUUUCAUUCAACAUUUUUCUUUCUAAAAUUAUGACAUCUAAAAAAAAAAAUUUUUUUUUAAAUUGUAAAAACAUGUUGGGUAACAGGAGGUGAAAAACGAUUAAAGAAAAACAUUGAAAUGAAGUCAAAUACUGUGAGCUCUGUGUGGUGAUUGGACAAAAUAUUAGAUGCCGAGACUAGUUUGAAUUUGAGUGCCAAAUGUGCCAACAGUUAUUACCCAGGUUAUCAAUACGAUGCCAGAUCUGAAGUGUUUACCUCUAUAAGGAGUUCAGAACUAAUUAAGUACGAAGAAAAUGUGAUAAUAUAUCUGUCAGUGAACCACAAAGUUGCUGUUAAAGGAGGUGGUUACUGUAAUGUUUUGGACAUUUCAUUAUUAGCACUGUAUUCUCUAAAAGUGAUACUCGUAAUCUCUCAACCUUGCAAAAGGUUUGUUUCCUUUUUCAAAUACCUGCAAAGGUAUUUAGAUAGAUCACAGGUGGGCAAUCCAGGCCUCGACGGCCGGUGUCCUGCAGGUUUUAGAUGUGUCCUUAAUCCAACACAGCUGAUUUAAAUGGCUAAAUAACCUCCCCAACAUGUCUUGAAGUUCUCCAGAG